CUUUUCAAAUGCGAUUCAGUGUUGCGGGCCCGUCGUCGGGUACCGCUCGCAUUACAACUUCAUAUCCAUAUCAACCUUUAACCCGAUUCACCAUAAAAAUAAUCGACAUGAUUACAGCGAUACGUUAACUUCGCACGAAUUUGCGUUCGUUUAAUGACUCCGUUUCGAUUUCCAAUCGUUUUCCGCGCUCAAAUCAUUUGCAUUUUGUUUCAAUUUCGGCUCCCGAGUGAUAAGUCUGAGAAGAAACCAGCUGUAGGCACUAAGUUCCGCACAAACUUCAACACAUUCGCACUGGAUUUAAAUGAGCACAAACGUCAUUCAACAUGCCGCAAAUUCCUGUGCCUCUCGGCGAGCUGCAGAUCCAGAAGAAGCCCCUUGCUGACACCUUUGUCUGCACCUAUGUGAUAUCCGUAUUGGGCGCGUUCGUCGCCGAGGUGAUCACUUAUCCACUGGAUCUCACCAAGACCCGGCUGCAGACAGGGGAGAUCGCAAACAAGAUCGAUGCAAAGAUCACAACGGCGCCGCAUCGCGGCAUGUUGCGCACAGGCAUCGGCAUCAUCCGCGAGGAGGGCUUCUUCAAACUGUGGCAGGGCAUCCCUGCUCAGUUCGUGCGUCAUAGCAUUUACUCUGGCUCCCGCAUGGCGGUGUAUAAGUUCCUACGCGAUAAGGUGUUCACGCCAAAUCCGAACGAUAACUACCUCCCGUUAUGGAAAUCUGCAUUAUGUGGUGCAUCGGCGGGGACUUUCAGUCAGAUCAUUGCAAACCCAGCUGAUGUGGUAAAGGUGCAGCUUCAGAUGGAGGGCAAGCGCCGGUUAAUGAAUCUUCCACCGAGAGUGCACGGCAUUCGACAUGCUUUCGUCAAAACAGUGCAAGAAUCAGGAGUACGGGGUCUAUUCAAAGGAGUCGUGCCGAAUGCACAACGAGCAGCUCUGGUAAACCUAGGUGAUUUAACAACGUACGACACUACGAAACAAUUUCUACUGCGUCAUACAACGCUGCACGACGGUACGGUGGUGCAUGUGAUGGGCAGUCUCUGCGCUGGAUUCGUUGCCGCCGUUUUAGGAACACCUGCCGAUACGAUCAAGACACGGAUUAUGAACCAGCCUGUUGAUGUACAUGGUCGGGGCGUAUUCUACAAGUCCACCUUUGAAUGUGCCAGUCUUACAGUGCGCAACGAAGGAUUUAUGGCGCUGUUUAAGGGUUUUGUACCGAACUGGUUACGAAUGGCGCCCUGGUCACUGACUUUCUGGUUAUUCUACGAACAAAGCAAUAAAUUAGUCAACCAGAUGCAACAAACGUACAUGAUUUAGGACUGUGCCCCGAGUCAUGCGCAAUCAUGAGUCUUUUUGUUUGUUAUUGUUUUAGUCAUUCAUACAAGUAUUAUUAAGCGAUCGCAAAUGUCCUGCGAAGAGGUUCUGUUAAUUGAUAUCCUAGCGCGUUUACAUACGUUUACACAGUGGUCUAAGUAGUUACAGGUGUUUGGGUAUUUAUUACACUAAAAUCGUAAGUUCAAAGUCGGAGAAGCCAUUACUGAUACGCAGUUUGAGGUGUUUUAUCUGUAUGUAAAUAAUUUUGUUUAUGACUAACGACGCAACUGAUACCGUUAGCAAUUGGUGUUGUAUAUGUUAAUUAUUUUGUUUAUCGAUGCAGUCAACUUUAUACAUGGUCUAUGUAUAUAAUUAGUGCUACUUUGUUGUUUAGAUGAAUAUACAAACGAUUAUUUGUAAAGUGA